UUCUCUUUGAACUGCACUGUAAAAUCCGACAGCUCUCGUAGCCCAGCCAUGCUCUGAUACAUUUUUUCUCUCCUUUUUUCCCCGAUUUUGGUGUGAAUGAUAAAGUGAUCUGAUGAUGGCUCUCGUUAUGGAACCUAUUAGCAAGUGGACGCCCAAGCAAGUAGUGGAUUGGAUGAAAGGCCUCGACGAUUGCCUCCAACAAUACAUCAAAAACUUUGAGAGGGAGAAGAUCAAUGGGGAGCAGCUGCUGCACAUCACUCACCAGGAGCUGGAGGAGCUGGGGGUGACUCGCAUUGGCCACCAGGAGCUGAUCCUGGAAGCAGUUGAUCUGCUCUGUGCAUUGAACUACGGUUUGGAGACUGAAAACCUGAGGACUCUGUCUCACAAGCUGAAUGCCUCAGCCAAAAACCUCCAGAACUUCAUAACGGGUAGGAGGAGGAGUGGCCACUACGAUGGCAGGGCCUCCAGACGGCUGCCAAAUGAUUUCCUUACCUCUGUGGUUGACCUGAUUGGUGCUGCCAAGAACUUACUCGCCUGGCUGGACAGGUCUCCGUUUGUCAGCGUGACAGAAUAUUCUCUGCUGAAAAACAACAUUGUUCAACUGUGCCUGGAACUAACAACCAUUGUGCAACAGGAUUGUACGGUGUAUGAAACAGAAAAUAAAAUUCUUCAUGUGUGUAAAACCCUGUCUGGGAUUUGUGACCACAUCAUUUCCCUCUCCUCUGACUCUCUGGUGUCCCAGUCUGCUCAUCUCGAGGUUGUUCAUCUCACCAGCAUCAUGCCCAGUGAGGGGCUGGGAAUGUAUAUCAAAUCAACAUAUGAUGGACUACAUGUAAUCACAGGAACAACAGAAAAUUCUCCUGCUGACCAGUGUAAGAAAAUCCAUGCUGGUGAUGAGGUGAUCCAGGUCAACCACCAAACUGUGGUUGGCUGGCAGUUAAAGAACCUAGUAAAUGCACUGUGGGAAGACCCAAAUGGAGUGAUUUUAACCUUGAAAAAACGUCCUCAGAAUACCCUGGUUUCUGCUCCUGCCCUUCUGAAGAACGUCAGGUGGAAGCCUCUGGCCCUGCAGCCUGUGAUUCCAACCAGCCCCACGAGCAGCUCUACAACCCCAACGAGCACCAUGGGCAUGUCCUCAAAGAUGGACAACUCUGCACUCCAGGAUGUUUUCAUUCUCUCCCCUAUGUCAGGACUUUAUGGCCCCAGGGAUGAAAUUGGAAUAAUGUCUUGUGAUGACAUCAGCAAGUUUGGAAAAUCUGGGAUGAAGGGCUCUGAGUCUCCAAACUAUUUCCUGGAGCACGAGAGUGGGAAAUUCUACACGCUGAUAGAGGGGGAAGGGCACCCCGGGGGCUCUGAGUACGAGAGGAGCAGAGCCUCAGGCGUGAGGAGGAGGGAGAAAACCCCCACCCAUGGAAAUUUGAGGCCAGUUUCAAUGCCCACAGAGUACAGCUGGAUAGGGGAGCCCAAAGAACAGAACAUGUACAAGAGGGGAAGCAGAGGUGAAAACUCGCUGCUGCGCUACCUGAGCGAUGACAAGAUCCUGGUGAUCCAGGAGGAGCCCCUGGCGCAGAAGGACAGCAAAAGGGACACGGCCAGGAGGUCCAGGAGGAAGGGCAAAGGGCCAGGGAACCCCGGCUUCCCCAUCAGCCCCUCGGUGCUGGCCUCCACCAUGAGCAUCAGGAUGGAGCCCGGGCAGCAGGACGUGCUGGGCUUCUCCCUGGCAGAGAACAACACCGUGCCCCUCUACCACUCAUUCCAUUACGCUUCCCUCAGGGUAAAAAGCAGAAAAUGGUCAAAAGGGAGUUCCCUGUCCAGCGUGAGCAGGAGGCGCAUCUCCUGCAAGGACCUGGGCCACGGCGACUGCGAGGGCUGGCUCUGGAAGAAAAAGGAUGCCAAAGGUUAUUUCACCCAGAAAUGGAAAAAGUACUGGUUCAUCCUGAAGGAUUCCUCCUUGUACUGGUACACAAACCAGAAUGAUGAAAAAGCAGAAGGAUUCAUUAGUUUACCUGAAUUCAGGAUAGACAGAGCAAUUGAAUGCAGAAGAAAACAUGCCUUCAAAGCAUGUCACCCCAAAAUAAAGAGCUUCUACUUCGCAACCGACUGCCUUGAAGAGAUGAACAGAUGGAUGAAUCGUUUGGGUCUCGCAGCAAUUGGUUACACACCUGAUGACAAGGAUAUUCACCCAGAUGAAGAUUACUGGAGCGAGAGCGACCAGGACGACAUCGAGGGCUCCCUGACGCUGAAGCAGGAGGGCUCCUCCACGCUGUGUGACACCUACCACCGCACCCCCUCAGUGAAUUCUUCAAGCCCAUUCCCCGAAGCCAAACAGGGCCGGCACUUUUCCAGCGAAUCCACGUAUUCCCACUCCUCUGCCGAGGACUCGCGGCAGGACGCGGCGGGCAGCACGCACUCCUCGGGGUGCCGGCCUCCCUACCGAGAACGGCGCUCGUGGCAGGACCUGAUCGAGACUCCCUUAACCAGCUCAGGGCUCCACUUCCUCCAGACUGUCCCUCCGGAGGCGGAGUACGCGAGCGGCCGGCCCGGAAUGUCACCGGACAGACGGAGACAAGCCACGCUGCCCGUCCAGAGGCGCCACAAUUUUGAGCAGGAUGGGCCUUUUCCUCUGGUGGAAUGUCCCAGGGGACACAGCUCCCACGGGCGGCCCCAGAAACCGCGCAGCCAAAGCCUCCCCCGAAACAGAGACGUCCGCGGGAAGGGACGCGGGAAGUCCAUUGAGGGGACCGACGACAGUCCGGAUGAGACGGUUCCUCUUAGAAGGCACAACAGCUUCUGUGCAGAAGAAAACACAAAAGAAAUUGAAGAAAUCACAGAUGGUCUGCAAGAGCUCUACAGAACUCUGGAAGAGGCCAGUCUGUCCGCGUUCGGGGAGCAGCGUCCCUCCACCAAGCAGGAGUUCCGCAAGUCCUUCGUGAAGCGAUGCAACGACCCAGUGAUCAACGAAAAGCUGCACCACAUCCGAGUCCUCAAGAGCACUUUAAAGGCAAAGGAAGGGGACCUCACAGUUAUCAACAGCCUUCUGGACGAUCCCAACUUAACAUCCAAGAAGUUCAAAGAUUGGAAAUUAAAGAACUAUGAGUUUUUCUUGGACAUUUGUGAGUACAGUGCUGCUGGGAAGUCUCAAAACGGAGCCUCUGAACUGGCAAGCUCAGCCCCAAUGCUGACACACACACACUCCUUCAUCGAGACUCACGUGUGACAGGAGCCUCAGCCUGGGUCACUGCUGGGUGCCUGACAGAUGCAGGCAGACAAACCCUGGUGGAUUUAAGGUACUCAGCAGUACUGUAAAUACUUGGGUAAGAGAAUAGUGCCACAGGAUGCCUACUACAUUGCAUGAUAAGACAAUAAUAUUCUUUAUGGAUUUUUUUGUUUGCUGUUAUCAACCAAUGUCCGUAUCAAGCUCUGCAUUAGGAAGAAGCAGUGCAGAAGUGUAACUGAAAAUAAAUACCAGUAUAUUUAAAGUACUGUACUAAAACUCAGCUUAUAGUAUGAGCUCCUGCAAUCAUUUUAUAUAUUUAGAUAUAUAUAAAUACAUAUCUAUGUAUAUAAAAUGUAACAUGGUAGUUGACAUUUCCUUUUAAAAUUCCCUAAAGUUCACAUUUUCACACAUUUUUUUCUUGAGAAAAAAUAUAAAAAUGAAGACAUGAAUACAUUGGCCACUCUUAGAGAUGAACAUUUAUUUUUGCAAAAUUUCCAGGUAGUGACCAUCUUUGCAAAUAAAAGGACAGAGUUAUCAAAAUGUAAACUCAAUCCCUAUAGUGUGCCUUAAAAUGUACACUGUACAUCUAAGAAAUAGAUCCCAGUCUGGCCCUAUGGGCACUCUGUACAUGCCAUUUAAAUACUGUGUUUGUAACGUGCUGUGCCUGCCUUUAAACGAAGGAACACGAGCAAGCAGGUUUGGCACAGAGGUAAGAUACGAGUAGAACAAUAUUGGUUGUUCACUAAUGCUGCAACUUAAACAGGUUUUAAUAGGAUUUGAAGUAUUUCAUGGUGAAAGAAAAAAAAUCUGCACUGAGUUAAGGUACAUACUGCAGGUUUUCAUCGUUUCUUCACUGUGAAUUUAAGUGACACAUGACUGUGAGUCACAAAAUUCAAAAAAAAGCAUGAGAAUGAAGCUAAAAAAACCUCCUGAACUAAUCAAUUACAUUCUGUGAUACACUGACAUCUAUAGCUGAGUUAAUAAUUCAAAAUUAUGUAAUGUCUGGCAAUAAUUUUUGACUGCUAGCAGUACAUUUGCAAGUGGGUGAAGUUAUUCAAAACAUCGUUCAAAAGCCAAUCGGUUUUGAUUGGUUGGGAAGACACACAAGUCACGCAGUGGGUUUCACUUCCUUGCCUGGAUGAGAAUGGUUUGGAAGAAUCAGAUUUUGGGGAGGAUACUUGUACUCUUGGGGGGGAAAAGAAGAUUGCUCUGAAUGAAUGCUACUGAACAUAGAUUUCAAAGCCAUUCACAGUUUGCUUUGACUCUGCUUGCUAGAAUAGUUCUAAAAGGCAGAAUGAAGGGGAUGUGAAUACAGCUGAUGUCAUUUCACUGAAACAGAGUUCACUGAAACAAAUUCACUGAUCAUUUUUUCAUAAGAUAAACCUAAUGGUCUCUCAUCCAUCAAGGAGUGUAAAAUUCAUGCAGUUCAGUAUAAUAGAAAAAAUGUCAUUUCAGUGAGGUCCUAGUAUCCAGGAAGAGAUUUCAUUAUUCCCAAAGCCAGACCAGGUGAAGGUGUCCUGGGUCCACAGAGCAGCUGAGGGGGGCUGACCUUGCCUAGACAGGAGGGGAAAAAAUGCCAUGGGAAAGCUCCUGGGUUGAGACAAAGGGACAUCACCUGCUAAUGGUUAUUGUAGGCAAAACAAACCUGACUUGGCAAAAAUUCAUUUAUUAACAAUUUAAAAUGCAAUUGCAUAGUGAGAAACAAAGACAAAAUUAAAAGCACCUUUCCUUUGCCUCCUCCCUUCUUUCCAGUCUUAAUUUCAUUCCUUCAUUUCCAGUGAGCAACAGCAGAAAUUAUAGAAUCCAUUUAGAAAUUAAUUCAUAUUAUAUAGGCAAGCAGUGAUGGAUGGUCUCAGAAAUAGUUACAUAGAUUGAACUAUCUAAAUUCCUACAGAAAUAUAAAUAUGCCUAUUGUUUCAAACCCAAAAGAUGGUUUGUGCUUUCAUAAUGAAAAGAUCUAUAUUAUUUCCAAAUAGCUUUCCAAAAGGAUUUCAAAUGCCACUGCUUCAUCACUCAAGACAUAACUGAGCAUAUCCACUGAAGUCACAAGUAAACAGAGAAUACUACUUAGAGAUACAGCUGAAAAUGAGAAACAUAAUUGAGAAGACAGAUUUCUCAGAAAUGACUCAAGUAGUAGGGAAAACAGCUCAUCUCUGUUUUAAGUUUAAAUGCAAUUUCUGUAAUAUGAAUGGAUGAGAUAAAUAGUAGAUAGAUAGUUCAUACUUUUGCUCAGCUUAUCUUUAAAAAUCUUUCAGUGUCAUGAGAUCAUCUUUUCUGAAAUUCUUGGAAUUGUGAGUCUGCAUUCUGCUUUUGCAGAGCAGCUCUCAGCAAAUGUGAUUUGCACUGAAUAGGCCAAAUAAAUUGUCCAGGAGAUUCAUGAGAUGAAAUGAGAUGAGAUACACUGGAGAAAUUCCCUCUAAUGGGCUUAAGAUUAACUGGGAGAAAAGUCUGAACCAUUUGUCUGGCAUUGCUUGUGCCUUAGAGCAAGCAAAAUCUAAUUGCUAAAUUAAGCAAUACAAAGACUUUAUUCUUUCACAAAUGUCAGCUGGCAUUUGGAAACCAUUUCACAAGAACUUACCAUUCUCCUGGCACAUUUACUGAACCCCACCCUGCAGCCCUUCCCUCCCGGCCAUGGUUUCUUCCUUCUGGAUGUCGGUUCCAAUCUAAAUGGACUGCAGAGAGGAAUGUGCACAGUCACCACAGCACAAUUAUUUGGAUUUUCACCACCUCUGAACUCGCUGGAAUGCAAAGUGCAAUACAGAUAAUGUAUUUAAAAAUUCAUGCACCAAAUCCUGCUUAUGUAUUAAAGUACAUCCAAUUCUCCUGGACCAACAGGUGCUUAAACACACAGUACAAAGCAGCUGGAAUUGUUGUGGUCGUUUUGAUGCCAUAUUUUUAAAUAAGAAAAGAACAAGGCUUGGCUGUUGAGUUCAUCAAGGGAAAUAAAUAGCACCUGUACAACAGAUUUAUUAAUUUACCUGUUUUCCUGCCUGAAUUCUCAGGUAAAACUUGGUUUUUAACAUAUACAAUGACAUGGAAAUGUUGUUUGGAUGUGCUUUAUUUAACUGGAUCUUAUUAAAGUUAGUGUCUUCAUUCAGAAUUCCUUCAGGUAAAAUGUCUCAGCCCAGACACUUUCUCUGACACUCCACAAGCUGAGUCUUUUUGUUCCGGCUAUUUUUCAUUACAACUGAUUUAAUGCUCCCCCUGAGCUACUGAUUCCCCUCCUUUUUUAAUACUGUUCUGUAUUCAGUGACAUGUCAGAUCUUUGAAAGUGUCUUAAUAGCUCUCUCGACAUCACUUCCUGAGAGAACCAAGACAUUUUUCUUGGUUUCAUUACUUUAAGUGAAAACUACCCUGAGCUUCCUCUAAUUGACAUGAACAAAAAUCAAAGGAGGAGGAGGAGGAGGGGGUUGUUAUCAGUACAUUCAGCUCUGGCUGCUGCAUCUUGAGCUGGGAAUGGGGUGCUCCAAGGAAAAAGAAAUGAGUGCUGCAGAGAAUUGUGCAUGGCCAGUUAAGCCUACUCUCACUCCUCUCAGCAGUUACAGCUCCAAGGUCCUGUGAAGGACAGCACAGGUACCUUUGAAGGAGUUACUUUACAGUGGCUCUGGGAAGGGCUCAGCCUCCUCAAAAAUGGUACAAUUCUGCUGCUGACCUUUAGGAGAUUUCACUUUAAAUGUUAAUAGGACCUCUGGGAGAAAAAUGAAGAAUCUGGCAGAAAUUGUUUAACUCAACAGAAAUCUGAGGAGAACAAAGAACAUUCUUAUCUUUGUCUCUGCAAAGCAGGCCAAGAUUAUCACAGACCUUAUUUGCCAUAUUCUUUCCUCAUGUGGUCUUACUGUUUUCCAAAGUGAUAAAAGCAUUAUUUCUGCCAAAAAUAGCAGUAUUUAUGACCUAGGUGAUAUAGCUGGGGCCUGUUGAUCCUUGAGGAGAGACAGCUCUGCCAGCAGAGCUAUUUUGUGAUAAUUCACCAACAGUUUGUACAAACCCUUCAUGCAGUGGGAAACAAAGUCCUUCGAAGAUGGUUUGUGUAAAAUGGCCUUGGCUAAGGCACGAUGCAGCACAACAAACCCAGCCCCCUCUGCAAUGCCUGUCAGCUGCCCCUGAACUAGAGAUUACCACCAGGGAAUUUAAUUAUAGUUUAAACACUCAGUUUGCCAGUAAAGCAAGUCUUGUGUCUCUGCAGAGGUUCUGUCUCCAGGGCCAGUCCUAGGGAGAUUCCUUAAGGAGGAGAGCACAGGCUUGUCUGUAUUGCCAGACCCCAGCCUGAACCCCAUUCAGGGCACACCUGGGUUCCCCACAUUUAACCUUAGAGAAAUAGUGUUGGCUGGAUCUCAGAAAGGGUUUUAUUUUCUACUCAGUUUUCACAGUAGGGAAAUGGUGCUUUAGGGCAGCCAGAAGGGCACAGGUUUUCCAUAGUAGAUUUCCCAUGUACUACAUGCCUUAGGCCACAGCACAUCACCUUCCCUGCUGCCAAAUGAUGUUUGUUUACCACUAGGACAAAAAAAUGGGCAACAACAGGAAAGACUGGAGAAGCAAUAUUAGCUUUUCGUUUAUAUUCAGUAUUAAAAAGCUCUUUUUCUUCCAGAAUGUUUCCCUCACUAAAGCUGAGGCUCAGGGUAGGUUUUCCAGGCAGGAUGCUGUAGGGAAAGCUCCUCCAUCUCCUCUCUCAGAUGAAUUCACACUGUGUGGCUGAGGCUCUUGAUGGGUGUAAAGUGGGCACAGAUCGGAAAAUCCCUUCUGAUAAUCACAUCUGAGCCCUAUCAGCUGUUGUAUGGAAAUUUCAUGGCUGUUUAAACCAAAACUACUAAGUUGUAUUUCCUUACUUGAUGUUUAUAGUUAUUUUCUUUGCUCCUAUUACACACAAGUGAAAUGUGAUGUUUCUGAUCAAUUCCACUCUCUAACAUGUGGGCAGGGGACACUCCACUCUGGAUAUAACUAAUAGAAAAAGAAACUUUUUUUAAAGCUUAUUUUCUGUAUUUUACGGGUUAUGCCACUCUUGCACAUGCAGAAGGAGAUUUAUAAACAAUGUUGUUUAAGUUUUUAUCAGGUUUGAAGACAGGUGAUAUACUGCUGGGACCUCCUGUUAAUAAAAAUAUUUAAAUAACUCAGACAGAAACUGCCUUCAGGAAAAGAACCAUAUUCACUCUUAAUGCAGGCCAGACAGAUAUAUCUUUAUUUUUAUCCAGAACAUACAUGUGUUAGAAGUGGCAGUUAGGGACUUUAAGCAUUAAUGCCACUGUAUGAGCAGUAUUUGAAAGAAAGCAAUGUUGUAAAAAUGAUCAAAUACAUUGACAACCUGCUAUUUGACCAGCUAAGCCCUGUAGCUUCUGUCCUCACAUUUCUAGAAUAUUGUUCAUCCUCAGGCGUUGGUGAGGGUAUCAAUACAGAUCUUUUUACUAACAGUAAAUGCGUCUGUCCGAAUGCUGCAGAUUAACUAAGGAUGUCACAUAAUACAUAUUAACUAUUGCAUUUUUUCACUAGCAACCACAAAACAAAUCCAUCUUAACAAACCGUGUUUGCUGGCCAAAACACCAGUAAGACCCUGUUACCAGUUAAGACUUCUGUUUUACUGAGAAACAAGGAUUUCAGCUUAAAAAUCUGAUGAGAAAACAGGUUAGGAUGUAAGAGAAAUGCACUAGUAUUAAUAAAUGUUUUACAUUUGACACAUACUGUAUUACAAAGACAAUAUCCUUGUAAGACCAUUAAUUGCUGGGCCAUAGGUGACUUCCAUCUAGGUUACUAAAUAGCUAAUAAACCUUGUACAGAGCCUUUUUUAGAUAAUGCUUACAUGUAUGGAAAUGUAUGACACCCUUGUACUAUGGCUUGCACUUUACUUGCAUUAAACUGUGAAGUAGGCUGUAGUAAUGUCUUUGUAUAUUCAGGGGUUGAAAUACCAAAGCACUGGAGUAUCUUACUGCUGGUGUUCAACCUGUCCAACGUGCUGACAACGUGUAUUUUGCAAACCCCACCAACUUCAAAUCUUUGGCAAAUAACGCUAUGGAGUCUCCAUGGUCUUUGUUUCUUUGUAAAUAUAAACAUUCUUACUGUUUCUGUAGCAAUAGGAGGUUAUAAACCAAACUUUCACUAGGACUGUUUUCAGUAACAAAAAAAAAAAAAAAAAUACAAAUAAAAAUCUAUAGCGCCUUGUAAAAAAAAUCAUGGAGACUCCAUGACCUGUGGGCAUUUUUGUUUACAAGCAGUAUGUAUAUAUGUAUUAGAGGCAGAACUGUUAUUUAUCACAAAGUUAUAUUGUGGAUGAUUCUUUCUUAAAUAAAUAUAUGUUUUCUGUCAUUAAGAAAAAUAAGUAUUUUAGAGCCAUCUUGAGAAGUUUGAAGUGUCAAGCUUCAAAUACGAGUAUCUUCCAUGUUUCAGCCUUGUUUUUCUAAUCAGCUGGGAGAUGAACUGAGAGGCAAUGGAAAACCACCUGUCCAUGCCAGGGAAAUGCUGGAGUUGUACGUUUUUGAGCAUUCUGCAACUUUUCUAUAGUGCCCAUCGUGCUUAAUGCUUUGACGAGCAGAUGCUCCAUCAGUACCGCAGUAAAUCCCUCAGCUCGUGGAUGCUACAGAGAGAAAACCAAUGGUUCUAGACUAAUACAGGUCAAACGAGGUUUCAACCCCUGGAUAACACAGUAUUUCUUCAGUUUCACAACAGUAUUUUUAAUUUUAUACUUGUCUAUGUUGAGAGAUAAUCCAAUAGUUUCUAUAGGCAAUGAACAUUAGGUUUCUUUUUUCCCUCUUUCCAGAUGAGUUCUGUGUGAAUUACUGUAACUGGCUGCGUUUUCUAUCACAGAUUAAUAACUUGUUAACUUUUUGUGUGUCUACAAUGAAAAUUUAUGAAUGGAAAACUUCACUGUGUGUUGCUCACUGGGCAUAUACCUCAUGGUACAUUGCACAGACGUGUAAGUUGUAAGUUGCACUGCAACAUUAAAAAAAGGAACAUAUUGCUCUUUUUUCAAAGAUAUUAACUUAUUUAAGAGAUAUAGUCUGUACAUUAUUUAAAAAAAAAGCAAAAACAAAAACAAACAUUUAUUCUUCCUAAAUUCAAACAAAGCCUUUGUUUUGGGGAAAAAAAAGUUGUAAAGUUCCGUUGUAAAUUUGGACUUCAAUAAACGAAUUAUCUGCACUUA